GUUGCAACUGACGAUUGACUGAAAGCCGAAACUAAAACAGUUAUCGCUGCAAAUUUCGAGAGAUCGGGAAGCUCAAGCACUCAAUCACUGAUGACAAAUUCAGUUCAUCUGAUUCCGUUGCUAUUUCUAUUUCCCGCCUUCUUCUCGUCGUCUCUCUUCGUUCUCUCCGAAACGACAUGCUCGCCUCCCCACACCGCCGACGACGGCGGCCGCGACGGCAGCUCCCUCAGCCAGCUCCACCAAUUCAACCUCAAGAUCGCCCGCUUGGAGUCCAUCUUAGCAGAAAGCAUUCAGAAUCUGAGCGAGAAGAUAGUUCGUAUCGAAGAGCGCGAGAAGCGCAUUGACGAAAUGUCGCAGAAGAUCCAUCACUUGCAAUCUGUUUUAUCCGCUCUUAAGGGCGAUUCGAUCCGUGCCGAUGGAAGGAUCAAUGCUCUGGAAGAAGAGGUACGGAUUCUAUGGGAGGCGUCGAGAAAGUUAAACUUUGAUCUUCAUGUUUUGGAGUCUAAGGCACAGGAUGCUGAGGAUCAGCUCAAAACAGUUGCCUCUCAGGCUCGAAAGAUGACCGACAUUGUUACCGAACAAUGGAUUCAAAUUCAGCGACUCGAGCAGGCUCUUUAUAUUACGCAGGUGAGGACUAAGAGGCUUCAAAGGGAAGUGAGCUCUGGAAAGUGCACAUUCUUGAAGUUCAUGAACAGGCUUUAUGAUGACCAUCUGCUGAAGAUGGUUGGGCCCAACUUGAGAUCCUAUUUCUCUCAAGCUCAGCAUCAGUUGAAGAGAGUCUUUGAAGCAGUUAAAAGGUCUCACCACGAGUUGCAACAUUUCAUCAAAGACAAACUGGAAGAGAAUGAAUUUACCGCAGCCCUUGCCCACGAGGAAUUAGUUUUCUUUAUGGCUUCUGCCGUAAUUACCUUCCCGAUUAUGAGUGCUUGGAUGCUGCUCUCAUCAAAAUUCCAUUAGUUGAAACCGUUACAAGUACUGAACGAAAGAAAUAUUCGAGAUUUUGAUUACGUUCUAACAGGUAAUUUUGAUAGCUAUUGUUUCCAAGAGCAUUAUAUUGGCCUUAAUUAUAACAUUUUACACAUAGAUCAAUGCCUACAAGAGUGAAUGUAACGAUUACAUAAACGAAUCAAAUGCCGAAUUCUCUUUGUAUAAUAUUUCAAAGACGUAUCUGAUGCAAGGGACUUGGAGGCUUGUAGCUCA